CGCAAACCCACUCAUCGAGUGCUGUCAGUAUCCAGCUUCGUUAUGGCUCAGCAAGGGCAUCCAACGCUGCCUUCCGUACUCCCCUCUGCACCCGCUCUGCAGGACGUGGACACUACUCCUGAGCAAGUGAGCGGAGGUCAUGCUCGAGUGACCAACCCUACCGAUACACCGGUCUUCAUCUGUGCCAUGCAGAAUUGCUACAGGCUAUUUCCUUCGCGGGACCGGGUUCUCCAGCACCGCAAGCGAGAGCAUGAUUCAGAUGACCAGGAAGACAUCAUUACCUGGAACGAGUAAACGGACAAACAUUGCUCAUCACUUGAAUGCUUGACAUGAUUCGGCAUCUCACACAGCCAUGCUUAUCACGAAACAGCUGCGCCCGACAUGUGGUUCCUUCCCUUCCCUUCCCUUUGUAUGGAUGAUUGCUACCACUCGGUCAGUCAAGGUUCAGGUUGGGGAAGGCGCAUGACCUACAGGCCUGCUUGGGUUGGACCUGGCACGCCGAUGAGCGACCGGAGGUCUUCGUAGCCUUAGGUUCUGGCCUUCGCAUACAAGCGUUACAGUAAUAGUCCAGUAUUCACGAGCUCAAUGGACUGUGGGAUAUUCGUCCACAUUCUCCGUCUUAUCCGUCGCUUAAUUAUACUUCAAAGCAAUGCGCAACCGGG